AUGUGUACCAGGAAUUACAUUAACUUCCAAUUUCACUCAUCUUCAGUUGAAACAUGUGACUCCAACUCUUCAAAUGAAGAAGUUACAAAGCUGGAACAGGAUUAUACUUCUGAAUACUCAUAUCCAAGUCGCUGGGAUCAACUUCCGUCAAACAAACAUAUCUUCGCCAGUUAUAACUUCCCAUCUAAAUUAAUCUACAAAAACUUGCAGCCUGAGUAUUGGUGGAGUCGGUAUUUAACUAGUUUGAAAGAUAAAUGUCUGAAAAAUCGUUGGUUGUCUUACAUUGGGCAAUGUGAUGAAAGAUAUGACUUAACAGAGUAUCAACUGAUACGUGAAAUUAUCUGGGUCCUGCUUGGUGCCAGGGGGAGCUUUGUUAUGCAAUUAUGUGAAAACCAAAUGGUAGAUAUUUGUUGCAAACCACAUCUUGUAUCUGUUAGCCAUUUAUCUUAUAAUGCUCUUGAUUCAUUGCUGGGGAAGUUCGUUGAUUGGAAUAAUCAUAUACUGUUCAUCAGACUUGUAAUCCAUUUUGUAGUCAACAAAAUGGACUGCGUAUCUCAUGCUUGUGCCUUCUCUUUUGCCAGUUGCUUGAAUGGAUUUUUGUCUCAACUUGAUGAGUUCUUGCAUGAGAUGGAAAGUAAAAGCCGUAAUCCAGGCAUUUUCACUAUGAUCAGUCUUUAUCAUUGUUUGAUCCCUUGGUGUAACCGUGUUAAGAUAUUGUCGAAAAUCAUAAAAGAUGUCAUUAAAAACGACCUUGAUAACUUACGAGAGACAAGUACGAUCACAACUUUGCUGGAUGCACUACAUCAUACUUCAGAUUUACUAGAAGACUGUGGCUUUGACCAGUACAUCGUUAAAGUACUACGUUCUAUGUUCAUCAUCACAUUUCAUCCAUUCAUUUCCUCACUAGUCCAGCUGUUUUCAGGGUCUGCAGCUUUCACCGACCCACUGGUAAAAUUGUUCGCUGAUAUAAAUUUUAAUAUACCACCUAAUGAUCCAAAAUUCUGGUCUGAUGCCAUUAAGCCGCGAAACAAUGUAUUAGGCUCAUCUCACGUACCGUAUAUGUUUCUUCCUAUCAUGGAUGAGGUAGUCGAUGGUCUUAAAACUAUCUUCUUACUCACUGCGGUCUGUGAAAAAAUUGGGGACUACUCCUUCCUCGAAACAGUUGAUUCAAACUCUAUUUGUAUCUUUUUGGAUUCUCUCUUGAGCGAACAUUUUCGUCUUAAACUCAACCACCAAGAAUCCUGUGUCUCGAAAAAUUGUUACAAAAUGGAUGAAUCAAGGACCACACUCAAAUCCUUGGAGUCACAAUUAAAACGUUUUGUUUGUGAACGAAGAAUGUCAGUUAAUCAACAGUUGUUGAAGUUAUUGCUUCUCUCGCAUAUGCGUGGGCCAAAUGGUUUGCGAACUGUAGGAAACUGCCUAGCUGUUGCGGGAGCAGUGUAUCUUUUCGGUGCUGGUGAUAAUAUGAACGAUUUCGCUCGCCAGUGUUUCAGGAAUAUUGCAUUUUCAAGAGCCAAGAAGCUGGACCUUGUUGAGCUCACCGCUAAUCUACAGAGUCAGUUAAGUGGUGCUUUCAGGAACCGUCAUGUAUCUCAUUCACUCCUGUAUCUAGAGUCUCCAUUCUUCACAUUUGAUCUCCUUAAUAUGGAUCAACCAGUUGAUGAUCGACCUAUGGAACUGACUUUUGAUUUGAUUGGUAAUUUAAGACUUAAUUAUCACCUGGACUGGCCAGCGAACAUCAUUUUGGAUGAAAACAGCAUUGGAAUUUAUAACGAUGUCUUCAUUUUCUUGCUUCAGAUUAAAUACGUUAAAUGGAGUCUUGAAAACUUACAUUUCAGCACUCCAGAGAAAAGAGUUUCAACUUGUUUCCCCAUCAACCACUAUCUUAUCAUACUACGUGUAAAAAUGUUGUUUAUCUUCACAAGCCUACAUGAUUUCUUGGCACACAGAAUUGAAGCUAUCCGAACUCGAUUUUCAUCUAAGUGGUGUCUUCCUGAAUUUUAUUCUACUACAUCUAUCAAUCACAAUAUCCCCGAAACAAAUACUUUCUCUGAUCUUGUGCAAGAUCAUAAAAAUUUGCUCAAUGAAUUACAGUCCGUGUGCCUAUUAACCGAAUCUACUUCGCUUCUUUUUACAGAGAUAUAUAACCUUUGCAAUAUGGGCCUUCAGCUACGAGAAUUAUGGCUAAAGAGCCUUUUAUCUCCAAACUAUGAAACUUCACGUUUUACAGUAAAAAUUGAGUUUCUUUCUGAGCAAUUUGACAAUCAUGUACAGUUCCUUUCGACAAUGCUAACACGCGCAAUCGAAAUUAAAAGUAAUGCAAAACGGAAAGAUAAGAAAGCUAAUUUGGAUAUUGAAAUGAACACUGAUGGUGUGGAGACACCUCAGGAUAAAUGUAUAUUUCAGGUUAAAACGAAAUCUCGAAAUAGCAAUAACAGCAUGGUCUAUCUAGAAGAUGCUUUACGUUUGGGCUGGACAUCUCAACGUGCGAGUUACUUAUUUGAUCUCUUAACAAGGCCUCCGCUUCUUUUUUCUCCCAGCAUGGGAAUCAGUCUUUCAUUCGAAAAAGGUUCGCAGAAUAAUUAUCAAAUUCUACCCGCUAACAAACGAAAUCGUCCGAUUGAUCCUGAUCCGUGUUUGUUAUCGAUCGACGGUCUUCUAGACUGUUUAUUCGUAACGAAUUCUUUGGUUGAUCAAAUCUAUCAUGACUGUAUGGAUAAUCCAGAAAAUCGGGGGACUGAUGAAUACGAACACUCUCCUACCGUUUUGGCUGCGAAAUUCUUCCGAAGACGAGUGAAGCCAAUCAUUACUCGAUUAUCAGAAUUCCGUCUCAAAUUGUCUGAUUUCAAGCUGGGCGCAUGUGUUGGUAGAGGGGCUUGUGGAAUAGUACGUGUAGUACGUGAGGUAUCGCCACCUCAUUCAGUAUAUGCAAUGAAAUCUCAGUUUAAAGGAGCAUGGUUGCAUCAUGAUCCGGAGGGCUCUCAGAUUCUGCUUGAAAGGACUGUGUUAGCGCAAGCAACUGCCAUUGAAAAUCCAUGGCUUCCACACCUGCAUUAUGCAUUUCAAGAUGAAAAGCACUUGCAUCUUGUGAUGGACUAUGAACCCGGUGGCGAUUUGUAUAUAUUCUUAAGCAAAGUUGGUCAUUUGUUGGAUUCAAAAAUGAUACAGUUUUAUUGUGCUGAAGCUGUGGAAGCCGUUCAUUCAUUGCACCAAAUGGGCUAUAUUCAUUGUGACCUAAAGCCUGAAAAUUUCGCAAUUGAAAGGAGUGGACAUCUGAAGCUAAUUGAUUUUGGUUCGGCUAUCAGGCUUGAUGCUGAUGGAAAAUGUGUCUGUCCUACAAUGGUUGGGACAAAAGAAUAUCUGAACAUUGAACUUUUACGACAACGUGGACGUCAUAAUCAAGAACCGUUACUUGUUGGCCCUGAAUUCGAUUAUUGGGCGAUUGGUGUCUUAUUAUAUGAAUUAUUUUAUGGACAAACGCCUUUCUACGAUGAAGAUGAUGAUGCAAUGAUGCAGAAAAUCAUGGAUUAUCGGAAAACACUAAAGUUCCCUGCAACCGCUGAAAUAACAGACUGUGCUAUUCAUUUAAUUAAAUCACUAAUUAUUAGUCCAUCGAAACGGUUAAGUUAUGAAGAUGUUGUUAUGCAUCCAUUUUUCAAAGAUAUUGAUUUCUCUGCAUUGAGACAAGUCACUCCUCCAUACUUGCCCCCAGUUGGUGAGUUAGACGAUGUUUCAAAUUUUUCCGGCGGUGGUUCUCGUGCUCGUGAUGAGGCUAUAUUGGAUGUCUCUAGGAAUCAGACUUUCUCCCCAAUACGUUAUACAAAGUCAUCUGUUCAAGACGGAUAUGUCACUCAGUGUGCUACUUUAAACAAUGAAGAAAACGAAGAAGACGAAACUGUGCUGGUAAAGCCUUUAGAUACUGAAAUUUUGAAUGAUGAAAAUCAGGAGAAUAUUAAUCCACAUAAAUCACCAUUGUCCCCCGAAGUAUUAAAAAGAAAAGCAAUUCAAGAAGCUGCUGCUGUACCAAUAAAUGAAGAAAUUGAAGAAAUAGAAGAUAUAGAAUGGGAAGGUUCUGAGUGUGUCCGGGACUUACCAUUCUUGGGAUAUACGUAUACACCUGGAUUGGUAUUAUUCGGAAACCUUUCCAAGAAACAGGUUCAUUCGACCGCCGUUGCUCAUGUUGGAACAUCAGUAAUAGCUAAUAUCAGCACACCUUACAGACGAACAUUUAUUGAAAACCAAGAUUCAUUAUCUACAUCACUUAGACAUAGCAUUGGUUGUUCUGACGUUGGGCGACUUAAGGAUGCCAAAAAAACGAGUGAUCCUGAAAUUGUCGGUUUAUCUGAACUUCAGCAACGUAAUCGACAGUUAUGUGAACAAAUUGAACAGCUACAACUACAGAAUAAAGAGUCUGAGGAUUUACGUCAACGAUUGUUAAGUGCAUUCGACAAUGGUCAUGUCCUGAAAGAAAUUAAUGAAGCUGUACGUGUUCUUUCUGAUACAGUCGUUGAGAAAGAAAAAAUAAAACACCUUCAGGAAGAAAAUGUUCGUUUGACUGCUUCAGUACAAAGUUGUCAACAGGCACAAGCUAUAGUGGAUCAAUUGCAACACGCUGUGUCUCGUCUUUCAAAUUUGCCAAGUAAUUUUACAGAAGCGGAUUUACUUGAUCUGCUAACUGCACUAUGUCCACCUACAGUUUACACAACACCUGAAAUGCUAGCUGAUGUUUCACUGUCAACUAUACGUACAUCUAAUUCAUCAGAUAAUCUUAUUGGCUAUGAAUUAGUUCAUCGUCUUAUCAAUUUCGCUCUCAAACAAUUUAAACAUGCUUCUAAUCGUGCAAGACAAUCAUGUUAUGCAUUAGAAUCGACUAAUGCUGAGCUGAAAAAAGCUUUAGAUGAAUCAAAGCAACAAGUUAAUCAAUUGGUGGAAACUAUUGAUGGAUUAAUUGCAGAUCAACGUCGUUAUCGUGAGACUGAGAGCAAUCUUAAUUGGGAAAUUAAAGAAUUGAAACAAAAGCUUGAAGAUUCGAAGGAUUAUCAACGUGAUUUACACCAGAAGUUCUUGCAAUUCGAAGACAAAUACUUCUCAGCACGAGAGAGGUUAAAAGAAGAAGAAAAGAAAAACAAAGAGAUUACAGAGAAACUUGAACAAUUGACACUUAACUCAGUGCAAAAACAACAGAAUAAUUCAUCUGAAUUGCAAACACAAUCUGGUCAACUUAGUUUAUUGGUUGAACGUAAUAAGGAAGUGGAACGAGAACUUGCAGCUUUAAGAAAUGCCUUGCAAGAAGCAACACAACAAAAUGGGUCCGAAUUAAGUGAAUUGAGAAAGCAGUUGGAUAAUGUAAGAACAGAGAAAGAGCAUUUAUUCAAUGAUAAGCAAUCUGAACGUCGUCAACUAGAGGAACGAGCAGAUAAAGCGGAAACGCAAUUAAAAAGUCUACGAGAUCAAAUUGCAGUUAUGCUUACUGAACGUGGUCGUUUAGUUUCACUUUCAGCAAUCGACUCUCAGCGCUUAUCAGAUAUGCAACUACAAUUAAAUGACGCAAUAAUGAAAAAAGAAUCUGCUGAGAUUUCUCUUCGUGAAGCAACACUUCGACUGGAAAGAUUAAAUACUACACAUAAUCAAACGCUUAUUCUUGAUCAAAUGAGAAAUGAGUUUGAAUCAACAAGGUCCCAGUUGAGAACUGCUCAAACUGAACUUAUUCAAUAUAAACAAAAUGAGGAAUUGUUACGCGAACGCGUAGCUAACUAUGAACGUGAGAUUUCUGACCUGAAGCAAGAAGUGACGCUUCUGCGAACACGACAUGAUCAAUUACAGGCUUCUAUUGCUUUAGGUCAUACUGCUGAAAAUUCAUCUGAAGUGCAUAAUCAAUUAGUUACUCUCACUGAUGAGAAACAAACACUCCAAGACGAGAUAGAUCAACUGCGGACUCAAGUUGAACGACUUCGUCUCAAUAAUACACAACUUCUCAGUCAACGUGAUACUGCUCGUCAAGACGCUCGAGAGUCAGAAAUGGCAACAGUGAGAGCUAAAGAACUAGGCGAAGCAACGCAACAAGCACUUGAGCGUGAAGUUCAUCGUCUUUCUACUAUUACAGAACAACAAGGGAAGUUGAUCAAUCACAUGCGUGGUCUUCUACCCCCGGAAUUCAAUAACACUCAUCGUAAUUGCUCUGCCGAUGGUAGUUCAGAUUAUCAAAAUUCUGAAGGUGGUAAACGACGGGCUAGUAAAUUUAUAAGUUCUAAAAGUCGUCGACCAGGUGCUCCUUUGAUUUCAGCAGCAUCUGCUUUUUUCAAUAAACAUCGUAAACGUGAAGUAAAGACUGAAUCUAAUCCUGAGAAUGUUGAAUAUUUAUCAUCUAAUGAGUUUACAAGACAACCCAGUCGUAUACAAAAGAUGAUGAGCAAAACACGUCUUAACUUCAAAAAGCAUUCUACUAUGCCCGUUAAAGUAGAUUAUUCUGUAAAUGCACCUUAUUAUACAACAUCAGCAAAUGAUGAGUGUUACAUGGAAGAUUAUGAUCCGCUAGGAUAUGAUGUAUAUUCUGCUGAUGAUGCUGAUUUUGAUGAUGGACUUCCGUUUCCCGCUCCUUCAACCUUUGCUGUUCCACAUGGUCGGCCACCUAGAGCAAGUGAUAAUGUGUCAAAUACUGGUAGUACGUCUUCCGCUCCAAGUACAGCCAGUUCUGCUCCAGCUGGUCCAGUAAAAUUUGUCCGUGAUCAUUCAUGGCACAGAAAUCGAUCAAAGAUUCAUGUAGGUUGGGCAGAUGGUAAUGAUAAACCGGAAUUAAGUAAAGUGCCAUCAGCUUUGAAGCAUCGUGGUCAGCCGAAAAUACUGAAACAAUUGAGUAAAGUUCUAGGUCGUGGCAAACAAUCUUCUACGCACCUUGAUCCUAAUCGACUUGAUGAUUGA